CCAGGUGAGCCGCCCGCCGCCCCGCCCCCGGGCUUGGCCACCUGCCCGGGAAACUUGUGGUUGGCUGUUGCCCUCGGGUCGCUCCCGAGUGGGGACAGAGAGACAAGCCAUGGAAGAUAGGUCGGGGACUCGCGGGGCCCGGCCGAGAGAGCGCGACCCAGACCGGCGCCCCCGUUCGGAACGAGACCGCCACCCGGAGCGACCGCGGGACAGACCCGGGGACCGGCGCAGGGAGCGAAACGGCGACGCGCGGAGGGCCGGGGACCGGGACAGGGGGAGGGACCGAGACCCCCACCAGGACAGACCCAGGGACGCGGGCCGUCGCGCAGGUGGACAAAGAGAGUGGGAACAGCCCCGCCAGAGCCGGGCGCGGGACGCAGCCCCGCCCCCCUGGCCCGCGCCCUGGGAAACCCCGGAGCCGCCGCCCCAGAGGAAGGAGGGCUUGGGCCGCCGCGGCCCGGACAGUGAACCCGCUUCCGGGAGAUACCUGCCCUCGAACCCCAGGCCCGGGCUGGAGGAAGUGGAGUUUUCGCAGUCAGAGGCUGAAGGACUGCUGGACUGCCACAAGUGCAGAUACCUGUGCACCGGGCGAGCCUGCUGCCAGAUGCUGGAGGUUCUGCUGAACUUGCUGAUCCUGGCCUGCAGCUCUGUGUCUUACAGCUCCACUGGGGGCUACACGGGCCUCACCAGCCUGGGGGGCAUUUACUACUACCAGUACGGGGGCGCCUACAGCGGCUUCGACGGUGCCGACGGGGAGAAGGCCCGGCAGCUGGAUGUCCAGUUCUACCAGCUCAAGCUGCCCACGGCCACGGCUGCCAUGGCCUACGGCGGAGCACUCACGGCCUUCUCCUGCCUUCUGCUCCUCGUGGGUGUCCUGCGGGUCCCGUGGCACUGCCCCCUGUGGCUGGUGGCCGAAGGUGUGCUGGACGCGCUCGUGGCCGGGGCGUACAUCCCCGCCUUGUACUUCUACUUCCAGCACCUGUCCGCCGCCUACGGCUCCGCCGUGUGUAAAGAGAGGGAGGCGCUGUACCAAAGCAAGGGCUACAGCGGCUUCGGCUGCGGAUUCCACGGCGGCGACAUCGGCGCCGGGGUCUUUGCGGCCCUGGGCAUUGUGGUCUUUGCCGCGGGGGCUGUCCUGGCCAUCAGAGGUUACCGGGAGGUCAGGAAGCUGAAAGAGAAGCCCGCAGCAAUGCGUGACUUCUAGGAUUUUCCCAACGCUCUGUCAAGUGGUCCCUCACGAGACCAGCCCGCCGGGAACCGGCCGGUGCCGGAGAGGCAUAGCUCCCGGCUGCACGGAGGGGCAUUCGCUGAACCAGUCCGGGUUUCUGGAAUCUUCCGUUGGUGAAGAACAAUCAAAAUAGCAAACAUGGAGCCCAGGACCCACAGGGAAAAGGCUUACGCUGAGCCAAGUGCACUUGCAGGUUACCUACAGGGAGAUGCGCAGGUGAGUCUGAAGAAACUGCUCGUCAAAGUUCUCGAAAAGCCACAGAGACUUCGCAGCCCGAACUUGUCUAACCACAGCCGAGGAGUCGGCAAGUUUUCCAAGCGAGCCCUCGGGGCCUCCCAGCUCUGGGGUUCUGUGGGCAGCGCGGGUGGGGUCCUGGGGAGGCCACUCCUGGAACACUGAAGCUGGAGGCGCGCGUGGGCUGAGGGCAGAGGAAUCACGCGGAUUCACUGGGGCGCCAAGAGGCGACUGCACUGGCCCUCACGACGGCCCCGGAGGCGCAGUAAGGGUUUUGUGCCUCUCGUCACUGCCGCUGUAUGAAGGACUAAAGCCAACAUCGGGAACUUGGGAGGCUUCCAGGAAAAAGGGACCGUGGAGUCUUUCCCAGCAGGAUACGCGUCUUGGCCAGAUGCCUCAUGGGCUCUUCCUGCACGGUAAAUCAUGACGUCAUGACAAAAUAUCCCAUACGUCCUGUGCUUCACAGGAAUCCGGGAAAACUUUAGUGAUGAUGGUUCUCUUCGCCAUAAGUUCUUAUUCCCUUAAAUGCUCACAAUGUGUUGCUUUUAGGAUGUGAGUUCCAUUUGGGUUUUGAGAGGAGGCAUAGGUCCUUCUUGGAGUAUAUAUAGAAUUUUUUGAAGAAUACAAAAGAAAGUCUUAACAGUUAUCCUCCUGAAGAGAAGGGUUUUUUUUUUUAAAUUUUCACUUUAUGUAUGGCUUGAUUGCACAUGUAUUUAAAAAAUAAAAAACAAAAGGAAACCCUG